UGCUCCAAAGCUGCUGCAAGACGGAUCUUGAAGACACAGAGGGUUCAUUUUAAGCCCCCUCCACCACCCACAUCUCCAAUUUGAAAGCCGCCUCUCUACCGGGAGAGGAAGGCUCUUUUUCGGUCAGAUGGCGUGCUGCAAAUCCGCCCACGUCAUUCUCCAGCCCACACAGACAGCAAAAAGGCAGCCAGCAACCAAUACGGUGCGCCGGAGGAGGAUUUCUGCCAGCGAUUUCAGACCAAGUAACAUACGCAAGGGGGAUUUACAGCGCCAGUCUGGGCUGGGGACACUUGAAGCGCAGGAUAAACGCGUCUUUGAGGCGGGUCUAUUUCUAACAUCUGGCUGAGAAAUAUCCUUUUCUUCUUCUGAGCUGCAGCAGGAAUAUUCUGUUUUGGAACAACACUACUCGUAGUGUGAUUUUACCGACUUGAGCACGCAGGAAAGAAGAAGAAAGGAAAAAAAAAAAAAAAAAAUCCCUCCCACAUCUUGGCGGAGUAGUAAAUCGGUUGCUGGAGAGACCCUCUGUGCGUAAUUACGCCGCUUCCUCUGCGCAUCCCAAACCAAACCUAAACUUUCUAGUGUUGUGUGCCAUGUCUCUGCCACGCACGCUUGGGGAGCUGCAGCUCUAUCGGGUGCUGCAGAGGGCAAACCUGCUGGCCUACUAUGAAACCUUCAUUCAGCAGGGCGGGGACGAUGUGCAGCAACUCUGUGAAGCAGCGGAGGAGGAGUUUCUAGAGAUCAUGGCACUUGUUGGCAUGGCCACCAAGCCACUGCAUGUGCGUAGGCUGCAAAAGGCCCUCAGAGACUGGGCGGCCAACCCUGCCCUGUUCAGCCAGCCCGUCUCCAACAUCCCACUUGGGGGCAUCCCGCUGUUCAAAGUCGACGGGACAGGAACAAGUGGGUCAACAGGCGGUCCCAGGAAGUCUGUGAGUAAUGGCCAGCCAGGGUCACCGUGCGACAGGGACGAUCGAGCGUGUCUCACUCCAAUGCACAGUGGGAGUCCAAGAAGUCCCUGCUCACAGGCGUCUCCGCAGCCAACGGAAUCCCACUACAGGGAAAAGCUGUCACCUAUGGAUCCACACUGGGUCAGCCCUGAGCCAGAUGGUGGCUACACUUUGGCCUCCGCAUCUGGGAGAGAGGAGGAGCCGCCCAGUUCGCCUCUGCUAUCAACAUGUCCUUCAGGUCCCUCCACGUCUCCGAGCUCCUCUGCUUCUUUUGUCCCAGCACCUCUAUCAGCCUGGCCUGGAGGACAGCUGGAUGGAGAGACAGCACGGGCAGUGGUGGAGAGCGUGGAGAGGCUCCUCAGGACCUUACCCAGGUCAGACCCUGCUGAGGUGAAGACUCUGCUGAGGAUGAACAAGAAGAUGGCAAAGACAGUGGGGCAUAUCUUCAAAAUGGGCUCACAGGAUGUGAACAAGGAAGAAGAGAUCCGAAAGUACAGCCUCAUUUACGGACGCUUUGACUCCAAGCGGAGAGAAGGCAAGCAGCUCACACAUCACGAGUUGAUCAUCAACGAAGCUGCUGCACAGUUUUGUAUGCGUGACAAUGCCCUGCUGCUCCGACGGGUAGAGCUCUUUUCUUUAGCUCGGCAGGUCGCGAGAAAAUGUGCCUACACCUCCACGCUCAAACAUGCUAGAACGAGUGCAGAUGAACUCAGUUUACUCUCCCAGAAGAGAGUGAGAAAUGAGGCAGAGAGUGAGACGCCACUUCUUGCAGUGCAAGGGUCAGAGGGUUUGAACCAGAGGUCAGAGGAUGACAGCUUAUCUGCAGAAAGCUUGGACGGCACACCACAUGAUAUGAGCUCACAGCGUAACCAGUCACCAUCUCCCCAUCUCCCCACCGACACCUCCAACCCAGCCAGCUGGAGUCGCCACCUCAUACAGCAAACACUCAUGGAUGAAGGAUUGAGAUUGGCUCGGAUGGUGUCACACGAUCGGGCUGGCAAGAUCAGCCUGGGGUCAGAUGUGAUACACGCCACAGAGCAUGAGAGCAAAGUGGAGAGGAAGAGCUCGAUAACAGCAUGCAGAAGCAGCAGUCCUCUCAUCACUAAAGAUGAUUCUCAUCGGGGGAAAUGAAAACGCUCGGUACCAUCAGGGAGCGUCAUUGAACUCCACUCUACUACACAGCUGCUCCUGAUCAGGUUCUCCACCUCUACUUGUAUUGCUGACUUUACAAGUGUCUGAUGAGAGGUCCAUGUCUGUUUAAUAAAUGUCAUAAUUUACCAGCGGCUCAUAUGUUACCCCUGCAGUGACUUCUAAAGCUGUGUAAUAAGUUCAAAAUGCUCUGUACUACCUCUGUUUAAGACGACGUGAGGGAGUCUUUUUUUUUUAAUGCGUUUGCAGGUUUUAGCUCUCUGUAAGGACAAAAACUUGAUAAUAUAGUAAGAGAAAAGUUGCACAUUUACAGGGUGCCAGAUAGUAUGGAGUGGGAUUAACACAGCAGAGGGCAGUACAACUUUAGAAACCGGUUUAACGUUCUCCAGACUAUCAGAUUUACUGUAUGUUAACUACUUUUGCUCUAUUUAAUGGGUUAUUAUUGAUUUAGUUAAUGAGAAAAUAUUACUAAUGCUCUCAAAGUGACAAUAACAUCCUCUCUAGGAAAUGGAUGUUCAGUGAAAUUCCUUUGCAGUAAAAGCAAGAGUUCCAC